AUGCUUGUCGGAAAGAAAUUUUGCGCUGCUGAGAAUAUCCUGGACAAAUUCAAUCCAGGCGCUCGUCAGAUGAUAACAGCUGGAAAGGCGUACUUAAAAGCUCUACAUGGCGCAGCAGCGGCGUCGCGUAUGUAUGUGGAUGCUGUCGGCAAGUUGGGGCGUCAGGCUCAGCAGGGAACGUGGGGUGGAUGUGCUGAUAUUGGAACCGCUCUAAUGAAGGUCGUUGAAGUGUACCGGGAAAUACAAGAUCAACAAAUGAACAUUUUGAAAGCAUUCUACGUCGACUUACUUGUGCCCUUAGAAACUAAUUUGGAGAAGGACACAAAAGUGGUGCAGUCGGAGCAAAAAAGAUUUCUACAACAACACAAACUCCGAUCCGAGAGUUACAGUAAAGCAGCAGCGACAAUUAAAAAGCAACGAAAAAAGAAGACGAACGCUACUAAAGUUGGCUCCGCUAUGGACAAGGAAAUGAAGAGCAUGCAAAUACUGGAGGAAGAAAAAACUAAAUUAGACGCCUUUUGCGAACAAAGUUUGAAGAAUGCCAUGACUCAAGAGCGACGUCGUUACGGUUUCGUACUGGAACGCCAAUGUUCGCUGGCAAAGCAUUGGCUUGCGUACCACUCAGCUGGCGCUAAUGCGUACAACACAGGCCUCGAGGAAUGGCUCGAAGUGUCGAGGACGAGGGAGUACUUGCCCCCGAACGUUGAAGCCAUGUUUGUCAGCAGAAUGCGACAAGUGUCAUUCUGGGCUGACGAAGACAUAUACGCAAGUCCUCGUAACGGAGAUGACGACGAUCGCGCAUCAGUUGGCUCGGCUUUGCGCAAGACGCGAUCUGUGGACGCUUCAUGUCUCGAUGUACGCUCCAUCGCCGAUCUGGGAUCACCCAGCCAGGGCAUCUCCAGGGCAAAGUCGGAUUUAAAUUUGCAAGCCAGCUUACUUGAACAUGAUUCUGAUAUGCGUACGAGCACUCGGCCGACGUCACUCGCUCCACCAACUUGCACUUCUCGGGACCCACCACUGGCAAGGGCCUUGUACGCCUACGCAGCUGCAGGGGACAACCAGCUUAGUUUCCAGCAGGGAGAUAUAUUAGCCCUGCUAGGAGAUCGUACUAAGGGCUGGCAGUAUGGAGAAAAUUUGAGAACACACAGCGCCGGCUGGUUUCCACUGGCUUACACCGAACCGAUCAUAAGUGAAGAAAUUAUUAACUCUCCAGCCCGAUGGAGCAGUGCGCAGACGCCGAGUGAGACUCCGCCGCCUGCGCCUCUUACUCACACCCAGAUGACAACACCUUCUGGACAUUCGCAUCCACCCACUCGCAUGUUUGGGGAUACGGUCACUGCGCAUCACGUCGCUAAGGGUCGCCUUGCUCCAACAUCACCAGGCCUGCCCCCUACAUUGCCCGCACCGUCUCCGAAUGCUCUCACUACAUCAGCUAGUGCCACUUUUCAUUCCACACCAUCUGGAGCUAGCAGUGCAAUCAAGAAUUCCACAUCCGCCGCUAAUUUCACUACACAUGCUGUCAUAGAGGCGAGAAGUUUUGGACCACAGACUCUACCAUUGCGAUCGCAGAUGACUCAAAAUAAGGCACCGGCAAAAACUGUGGUGUCAGCAGUUGGGGCUGUCGGUAAUGUGUCGUUGCAUAGCUCUAACGACUCUGGUUUCUCAAAUGAACCGCCUCCGCAGCCUGAUAUCGACUACAGUGAUGAAGAAGCUCAGCGACUUCGGGUUCCAAUCAGUAAGUCUGCUCAUCCAAACAACGAUAAUAGAGCCUAUUUGUUAAAAACACAAAGCUUGAAGCGCGGACCUAAACUAAACAACACAAAUAACGGCUACUUAACAGAUGACCAGCAACUGCUUCUCCGCAACAUGUUAGACAUGGACAAUAAUUCACAGAAAAUAAAAAGAACGAAGUCGUUUUGGAAGUUUGGACGUACCACUGCUGAAGAAAUAAUGGAAGGGAUGUCGUUGUGGCAGCAUCGAGAUAUCGUUGAUACGGUACCAGAGUACAAAAAGAAGCUGUUUGUUAAAUUGAAGAAAGAACUUCGGCCAGCUCCAAAUAUACCAGAAGUACGAAAACAAACAAGUCCAGAGAAACCUGUCCCUACAGAAAACGUACAAAGAUCCCAGGAGACAAUCGACAGAAAAGACGUUAAAGUUAAUGGAAUGAGGCAGGCACGAAGCUUGGGGUCUAUCCAAGCACAAGAAGAACGAGCCGAAAAACAUAAACGAAACAACGACAACUAUCAACAACCUCAAAUGAACAAAAAGAGCAUGUCAGAAAAAUCCAUUCUGGAGGAGAAACCUGAAGAAUUUGUACAAAGAAACGAAUCUAGACAUUCAGAUUUCACUAACACAAGUACGAUAAAAACUAAUUUUGAGAACAGCUUCUAUAACGAUGAAAACGGUGACGGCUACGUUAUGAAAACUGUUAAGCGACGCGAAAUACUACAGAAGUAUGAUAAUGAUAGCAGCUCUGAGGUUAAUUCUGUUGCUUCUAGUACUGAUCCAUAUGAUUGCAUCAUCGUAGAUGACCAUAUGACAUCAAAGAAGCAGCAAGAAUUAGAUCGCCGCAGACAAGCUCAACUUAUGGAAAAGGAAAUUAAAACCAAUAAAGAGAACGCGUAUAUGCCUGAGUUCGAUGAAAUUGAAAUUACUCCUGUAAAACCCCACGUGAGAGCAAAUUUGACGUCAGAGAAAAAUAAAAAACCGUCUCAUGACAGAUCGUCACCAAAAACUAUGGAAUUCAAAACCUUCAAAGACAAUUCAAAAGAAAUUGAAUCAUUUUCAGCUUCAUCUGAAACGCUAAAGUAUAAGGAUAAUGACCAUCUUACUGACCGAUACGGUGUACCUAUUGAAAGAAAUAACAAUGAUAUUCGACAAGACGAAUCUUAUAAUGGACACGAUGAUGGAACUCUAAAAUACAAAAAGCAUUCAAAUGAAGAUAAAAGUCGUCAACCAAAUAAUUUCGAUAACAUGAAGAAUAAAAAGGAUUAUCCGAAAGCAGAAGCGAGAAAUCAAAAGAAAGAAUCGAGACAGUUUGAAACCCGAGAACCAAGAAUUGACUAUUCCUUGGACAGACGUCAAAGUAAAAAAGAAACUCCUGACAAAAACCGCGAAGUUAGAUCACGAAGCCGAAUAAUCCGAAGUUACGAUGACAGCUCGUUGCAAUACAACGGAAGAAAGGAGGAGCGAUAUUAUGAUACCAACAUAUCCUACUUCAGCGAUCAAGAACGUCGUGGUUCGAGAUAUGAUUACGAGACGGAUUCCAAAAAAGCAGAAAAAUCAAAAAUACGCCAAGAGGAAGCGAGACUGGAGGGCAGAAGAUUCGUCGACCAAAGAAACGAAAGUCAAUACAGCGAGUCAGAUGAUCAAAAAUUUAAUGAAGCUUUAAAACAACAAAGACCGCAGUUAUUACCCAGAACAAAGUUACUUAAACGCUCAACCGAGGGGCCUGAAUUACCUGAAGAAGGUCACACCUUUGGACCGUGGUACGAUUUAUGGGGUCGAGAAACUGCCAUGUACAAGUAA